GAGUUUUUCCCUGGAGCACUGAUCCUCGCUCGAAAUCAACAAGACGGAUUCUACCAUCAGGCAACUGUGGUCCACAAGGUCCAGAGCUGCAGGGGAUUGUGGGUAGUGCAGUUUUGUGGCUCUCAGCAGCUCCUCUCUGCUCUUGACAUGGUUCAGUUUGAUCAGAGUCUACUCAAACACCUCAGACCCGGAGACACUGUCCUCUGCCCCAUCAGACCGGACUACUGCUCCCAUGAUGCACCAGGGACUGAACCGGGACUACAGUCUGGACUUGGGUCUCAGAGGUUUGGUCCUGGGAGGGUGAUCUCAGUGACACAGGAGAGCUCAGAUCCCUUGCUUCGUGUCCUCCUCUGGGACAGUCGUCUCUCUCUCUCUCACUUGUCCUCUUUGUGUCCUCUGCCCCAAAACCUCUUCUACAGAAUCUCACGAGAGCUGCUCCGGGUCAGCUGUCAAUCAUGGGCCUAUAACCAUGGCGAUGGCAUCACCUGUCCAUCAGCCCGUCUCCAAAGCACCCACAUCACCUGUCCAUCACUGAGUUUCCCCAGAGAGCUGCAGCGAGCACAGAGGUGGCGCUGUCUCCUGGAGGCCUCCUCAGUUUUCUUAUGUGACGUUCCCUUCGCCACAGAGCAGAUCCUUGACGAAUCACAGCGCAAUGUUUCAGCCGCUGGCCAAUCACACGAAGGGAGGCGGGCUUUUCAAAUACAGGCCCCACCCACCAGAGAAUCCAGCCAGUCAGAGGCCCCGGUCAGCCAUCAAUCACAGACCGAGCUCAGUUAUUUAAACUUUCUGCAUUUCGGCACAGUGGUUCACGCUCUCGCCUCACAGCAAGAAGGUCCUGGGUUUGAUUCUAGGAUGGGGUCGUUCUGUGUGGAGUUUGGAUGUUCUCCCUGUGUCUGA